AUGGCUACGGGCCCCGCCUCCGUACCCAUCAUGAACGAGCCGACGGUUCGACGCGGCGUCAUCCUAAGUGCAGGUGGGGUCGAGGUGGAGGUGUACGAGGACCAGCUGGAUGCGAUUCGCGAGGCGCCGAAACGGGAGCUCGACGAGAGCAUGAUGGUCGCGGGCGUCGUCCUGUUCUGUCAUGAGCUGAUGUCCGUCGAGCAGCUCCCCAAGGUGUCGAUAGUGACUCCGGCGCGUGCGCGUGAAGAGUUGGCCCGUCCCACCCCAGUCGCUUUUGCGAGCAACCACCUGGACGGCCUCCUCGGCAAGCAUGUGGUUUUCGUUCUGCUGCGAACACCGUGGAUGAAGAAGCAGCUUCGCGCCAAGUACGCGAUGACCCACCAGGCUCCGACCUUGCACGACCAAGAAGUGUUGAAACUGAUCGACCUUCGUGUGGAGUUGAACGAGGAUUUCGAUCUGCUGACGACGACGCCCUUGUCGAGCCCCUAUGAAAACGGCGCGGCAGCUUGUGUCGUGCAUGGGGUGCGCCGGAUUCUGUCGAAAUGGAACGCCUUCAUCGAGCAGCCUCGAAAGGGCGAUCUCGUGCCUCUCGGGAGAACGAACCCUGGCCCGGGUGCGCUUCCGGUGUUCAUGGCCAAGCUGUUUUCGGGAAAGAUCGUCCAGGUUGCGGAGGGAGCAGGUGCGGGAGGGGGUGCCGACCACGAGGGAGGAGGCGAGGAGUCGGCACGCGUCGUUGUUGAGUACAGCGUCGAGGAGGAGGAGGAGGAGAUCGAGGAGGAUACAUCGAGGCAGGCUCAGCACGGAGCGAGCGGCCGGGGCGGCGAUGCGAACAUGGACGAGGACUCGGGAUCGGGAUCGAGCUCCGGCUCGAGCUCGAGCGAUGAGUCGGACGAGGAGGACGGCGAGGGCACCGGACAUAGCACGGAGCGUACGGGGGAGCACGGAGUGGCGCUCGGGGAGCGGGUGGACGAGCGGGUGAAGCGUAUCGAGCAGCAGGCGACGGGGGAAAAAAAAGGCUGUCGAGGAGCAGGUGGGCGGAGCGGCUGCGCAGGAGGGUGGGGUCGGAGGGCAGCAGCAGGUGGGCGAGGCGGCUGCGCAGGAGGACGGGGCAGGAGGGCAGCAGCAAAAGGGCGUGGCGGCUGCGCAGGAGGGUGGGGCAGUAGUGCAGCAGCAGGAGUCUAG